AUGGAGAAGAAGGAGAGUGCGCCGGCAGAAAGCAGGCCCAGCCCUUUCUGGAGUGAAGAAGCGCAGAGAAAGUUUAUGGAGACCCACGGGGACCGAGAUACUCAACGACCUGCAAUCCUGGAAAAGUACGAGCAGACAGCGACGCGGCAUGAAGAGCAACAGCUUCGAGAACCACCAUAUGAACAGGCACAGGCCUCGUCAUCCACGAGUUUGGAUGAUGCAAAGAAGCCUGUUGUCGUCAAUAGUUCUGCUGAGAGUGAUUCAGGUGGAGGAGCAAAGGCCCCAUCGGUGGAAAAUCUUUCUAUGAUUGCCAAAGUGCAAGCUCGUGCGGACGGUUCGCCGGACCGUCUUAGCUUGGGAAUGGAAAGUGCCUAUAGUGGAAAGUCUGCCUCUUCACGACAUGAGACCCUGGGUCAGGAAGGCGUUAAGCCAGAGCCAGAGAUUAUAGCUGAAUCUCGGGAAACUGAACCAAGAUCUCCAGGGGAACCUGGUAUGACAUUUCAGGAGCCCGCGAUGGCUCAAUUGCUACGCCAACUGAGUGGCUUAGUCACUCAGGCCCUGCAGGAGCAAGUGGCGCCAACGCUUCAGCAAGUGCUGGUGAAUCAGGCGCAACUUGAAUCCCGUUUGGAUCAGAUGGAAGUGGCUUCCAGACCAGCUUCUACAGAUGGAGAUGGCUUGAUUGAGCGUACGCGAAUGCUAGAGCUCAGUACUCCAACUGAGGACGUCAAGACAAGCCAUUUUCCCGUGAUGUCUAGUAGUGGAAGCGUGGAUAGAGUCAAUGCGCUAGGUGUACAGUCUAUUCGCCCCAAAGCUGAGCAGGCGGAGGUUCCCCAUGAAGUCCAGUUGGAAGGUGGCAAACCUGAAGCUGGUGAUGACCAAGGACCUACCCUUCCCUCUAAAGGCACCGUAUGGGUGGGAACGACGGAAUAUGCCUGGCGAGUAUCAGCUGGCGGAUUGAAAUUAGUACCAGUGCAAACACAGCAGCAUGAAGCAGAUCAGCAACCUGUGCAAGAGUUCGGUGUACGGGCAGCAGGUAGUGGUGGAAGUGUACCUACGGACAGAAUCUUCAGCAAUAGGGCAGUGUCACCGUUUGAGCGUUACCCUGGCACGAGAUCAGAGCCAGGUGCAGUGGGGCUGCGGGUAAAGGGACCGGGAAUAGGAGUUCAAGCAGGGAGGUUCAAGAGGGCGGGCGUUCAGAUGUUCACAGUCGUCCGGUAA